GGUGUUCAGGCCGUCGCAAAAUCCUACCAACUAUUCAACCCCAGAGCAUACCUGCAAAAUAACUAUGUGCCACCUCGGGCAGACUUCUCGUCCGAAGAGAGUGUGAUGUGUUGGAAACUGCGUUGCCUUCAUGAGGCUUGUGCCAAGGGUGAAAUUAAAGGUCACAUCGUAGUGGACAUUGGUUCGGGUCCUACGAUUUACCAGUUGCUGAGCGCUUUUGAGCACUUCAAGGAGGUUAUCAUGACUGAUUAUCUGGAGGUGAACCGAGAAGAACUGAGGAAGUGGCUUAAGAAGGAGCCUGGUACCUUUGACUGGAGCCCAUACUUUGAAUAUGUUUGUAAAUUGGAGGGAAAAGGGGAGUCAUGGCAAAACAAAGAAAGGCGUUUUCGGGAAAAGGUAACACGAGUG